CACUAUAGUGGUAGCAGAGGUGAAUACAAUUUUCCUUUUAAAAAACAGUAAUAAAGACAAGUUACGAAACUAACAACGAACAGACCUGAUGAAAGGUGUUCCAAUGCGCUUAGUGUUGUUGGGAACAGCUUUGUCGCGUAGUUGUUCAUGCGGUGCAUUCCAACAUAACAUGCCCCCAGAAACUAGUUUACUGCUCAGCCACUGCUACAACCGAGACCUCCCCAGAGCAAUGCAAACCCUGGAUACCAUGGAAAGACGCGGAGUCUGGGCUGAUGCAAUAGCCUAUUCUGAGCUCAUCAAGUGUUGUUUGGCUCAUAAAGCUGUUAAGGAGGGUAAGCACGUUCAUCACCAUAUAUUCUCAAAUGGGUAUCAGCCAAAAACGUUCUUGAUCAAUACUCUUCUUAAUAUGUAUGUCAAAUUCAAUCUUUUGGAAGAAGCACAGAUACUGUUUGAUAAAAUGCCUGAACGAAAUGUUGUUUCUUGGACAACCAUGAUAUCUGCUUACUCUUAUGUUAAGCUUAAUGAUCGAGCUAUGGAGCUUUUGAUUUUUAUGUUACGGGAUGGGAUCUUGCCUAACAUGUAUACUUUCUCAUCUGUUUUGAGAGCCUGUGAGAGGUUAUGUGAUCUCACGCAGCUGCAUUCUAGCAUACUGAAAGUAGGGUUGGAGUCUGAUGUGUUUGUUAGGAGUGCUCUUAUUGAUGCUUACUCGAAGAUGGGUGAGUUGUUGGAAGCACUAGGUGUUUUUCGUGAGAUGGUGACCGGAGACUCUGUUGUUUGGAAUUCCAUUAUUGCUGCUUUUGCUCAGCAUAGUGAUGGGGAUGAAGCUUUAAGCCUAUACAAGAGUAUGAGGAGAGCAGGGUUUUCAGCUGAUCAGUCAACACUCACGAGUGUUUUGAGAGCGUGUACAAGUUUGUCUUUGUUGGAGUUAGGGAGACAGGCACAUGUUCAUGUGCUGAAGUUUGACCAAGAUCUUAUUCUUAACAAUGCACUUUUAGAUAUGUAUUGUAAGUGUGGUAGUAUGGAAGAUGCAAAAUUCAUUUUCAAUCGGAUGGUUGGAAAGGACGUAAUCUCGUGGAGCACCAUGAUUGCUGGGUUGGCUCAAAAUGGUUACAGUACAGAGGCACUCAAUUUAUUUGAUUCCAUGAAAGUCUCGGGUCCAAGACCAAACUAUAUUACAAUUCUUGGGGUUCUGUUUGCGUGUAGUCAUGCAGGGCUUGUAAAUGAAGGUUGGUACUAUUUUCAAUCUAUGAAGAACCUUUACGGGAUUGAUCCUGGAAGAGAACACUACUGUUGCAUGCUUGAUCUUCUUGGACGAGCCGGGAAGCUUGAUGAAAUGGUUACUUUGAUUCAUGAAAUGACUUGUGAGCCGGAUGUUGUGAUGUGGAGGACUUUGCUUGAUGCGUGCAGGGCCCAUAGGAAUUUGGAUUUAGCCACAUAUGCUGCUAAGGAAAUUACUAAGUUGGAUCAACAUGACACGGGAGCCUAUGUAUUGCUAUCUAACGUUUAUGCAAAUUCAAAAAGGUGGGAUGAUGUCGCAGAAGUUCGGAGGACUAUGAGAGCAAGGGGGAUAAGGAAAGAACCUGGAUGUAGUUGGAUUGAAGUCAAUAACCAAAUACAUGCUUUUAUUGUGGGAGAUAAAUCUCAUCCUCAAAUAGAUGAGAUCAAUAGAAAGUUAAACCAAUAUAUUCGCAGGCUAACUGAUGCUGGAUAUGUUCCUGACACAAAUUUCGUGCUACAAGAUCUUGGAGAGGAACAGAGUGAAUACUCUCUUCGACACCACAGUGAAAAACUGGCAAUUGUUUUUGGUAUUAUAAGCUUUCCUAGGGAGAAAACUAUUAGAAUAUGGAAGAACCUAAAGAUCUGCGGAGAUUGUCAUAUAUUUGCGAAACUUGUAGCAAAACAAGAGCAGCGGCACAUUGUAAUUAGAGACCCUAUUCGAUAUCAUCAUUUUCAAGAUGGGAUCUGCUCAUGUGGUGACUAUUGGUAGCAGAUAAGAUGCACAAGACAAAAUCUAUGACUACCUUAGGCUCAAGACAGCAUAGAUGAAUCCAAAAUCCGCUGAUAAAUAUGACAGAAAGCUUGCAGCAGUGGCAUUUCUAAUAGUUAAUAUGCCAGUGAGGUUGGAUAAGCUUAAUCUUUCUCGCUUUCCUUUAUUUGCUUGUAUAUUGGCUCCUGUAAAAGAAAAGUAAUCACAAUUCUGACCCUAGCUUUUAGAAAAUUAACACAAGGGUCGAUAUCUUUGUAUUCUAUACUUCAUGAUAAGGAUAGGAGGACUAGAUAACUGGAGGGAGAAAUAGAGGAAAAGAAUGGGAAGGAGAUUUGGCUUGGGAUACUGCCGAAGAGGACUGGAAUUUCCACUUAGACACCAGAGAAAGCAGAAGAAAUGUUUCAUAAGCCAAAUCUGUAUUAACCUUGAUGUAGUCAUUAAACACAUUCCUGAUGCAUAGCGACCCUAAUUAAAAGAAAAUCCUACAUGCUUACUCUUUAUAUUGGUAGUCUUUUUUACUACAAGCUACGUAAGGAAAACAACCUUAAAGUUAUCCAAACAAGAUCCAGCCUAGUGAAAGUUUGCUUAUGAUCUGAAGUCUACAUGUCCAAAAAAUUUCAAAUUUAAGUCUUUUGUGCAGGCAAAGGUUCGUUUUACAGUAAUGUUUCUGUUUAGAUGCUAUGCUUUGUAGUAUUAUUACAAACUAUUAGUAUGUCUAAUGAUAACAAAAAUGUAAUGUAUUGGUAUUGGUCAUUUUCCUGCAGCACCACAUUUGGCCAGAAUUGUGUCAUAAUUUCUAGUUACACAUUUAGACUUUAGAGGCUUCAAAAGAAAUGAAGACGAUACUUGUUGGCAUUGAGUUCUUCAUGAAGAGUUAUGAAAUUAAUAUAUACAAACUUCAGUGCAA